AACGUCAUGUUGUCUCAACUGUAGCUGCAAAUGCGCGCGGCACAGCAGUUGUCCAUCGAUCCCACAAUACUCCUCUCGAAUUACACCUGCACAUCUUACCUGUGAACCAGCCAACUCUUAUCCAUCUAGAACUCAUCUUCCUCGACUGUCAAUUGCACUUGGACUUGACCAGUGCCAUCGCCCAUCUAGCCAAGGACGAACGACAUUCACCAGAUUGUCCCGUGGCCAGAAAGGUCACACCCAGCCGUGCCAUGGCGUCCAGCGAGAACCAGUACGCUGCCAGCAUCCAAGGUGGUGACCGCACGGCCAGGCGGUUCUUCGCCCACUCCGACGCCCAGCGGGUGUCCACAGACGCCGUCAUCGCCAAGUCCCUGACGCGGCAGUACCCGGACCUCGAGCUCGUCAUCGCGCCGCAGUACUCCAGCAACCUGCUCGGGUACGCCGCCGCCGGCCACGCCAGCUACACGCUGCUCGGCGACGACUGCCGUAGCGGCAGCCACGGCGGCGGCCCCGGCCCCGGCCCCGGCGGCAGCGAUCUCCCGUCGUCGCUGCGGUGGACGUCCUACGUGCCGCCGGCGCGGCGCAUCGACGGCGACGCCGGGUACCUGGCGGAGACGGUCGUGUUCGGCCGGUUCCUGUACCGGUGGCGGUCGCGCGAGUUCGUCGUGUACCUGGUCGACGGGCGGGACGGGGCGAUGGCGGUCCCGCGCGUCGACAACUUCUACGUGCUCGCGCCCGAGAGGGCGCAGGCCGAAGCUCUGGUCGCGGCGGCGGGGCGGUGGUCGGCCGAGCUGCACGGCGAGGUCUGGGUGUUUGAUAGUGGGAUGUGGCAGAAGAGCGCGGAGCUGUACCGGAGCAUCCAGGGCGCCGAGUGGGAGAAUGUAAUCCUGGAUGAGGAGAUGAAGAAGGCCAUUAUCGAGGAUCAUCUGUCCUUCUUUGGCUCCAGGGAUAGGUAUACCCGCCUCAAGGUGCCGUGGAAGCGGGGCGUCAUCUAUUACGGCCCGCCGGGGAAUGGGAAGACCAUCUCGAUCAAGGCCAUGAUGCAUAUGCUGUAUUCCCGCAAGCCGGAGAUCCCGACCUUGUAUGUCCGGACGUUGACAUCGUUCUUCGGCCCAGAGUAUUCCAUCCAGCAGAUCUUUGCCAAGGCGAGGCAAUUCGCGCCUUGCUACCUCGUCUUUGAAGACCUCGACACCGUCGUAUCCGACAAUGUGAGGAGCUACUUCCUCAAUGAGGUUGACGGGCUCAAGAGUAACGACGGCAUCUUCAUGAUCGGGAGCACCAACCACCUGGACCGACUAGACCCUGGGAUCUCGAAACGCCCCUCCCGCUUCGACAGGAAGUACUACUUCCCAGACCCAGACCGGCCCCAGCGCGAGGCGUACUGCCGCUUCUGGCAGCGCAAGCUGGCCGGCAGUGGCGGCGGCGACGGCGGCGAAGACGGGGUCGAGUUCCCGGACGAGCUGAUCCCCGCCGUCGCGGGGAUCACGCACGGCUUCAGCUUCGCGUACAUGCAGGAGGCCUUCGUCGCGGCCCUGCUGGCCAUUGCGCGCCGGACACCGCGCGAGGAAGAGGGGGGGGAGGGGGAGGAGGACCUCUGCGAUGGCUGGGUUGGCGUGCGGGCUGAUGGGGGCGGUGAUUUGGAGGGGCUGGUGUUGUGGGUGGAGAUCAAGAAGCAGGUCGCGAUUCUUCGUGAGGGGAUGGAGGAGGGUAAAUGAGUGGGAUGGCCUUUUGUUUGCGAACCUUUAAAGGGUCUCUGAUGGUUACAACAGUCAUUUUCUACGGAAGUCAUAAUUUUUGCUUGGAGAGAAACAACAGUGGUUCUCCCCGUGGUUCGAAUAACUACCCAACUGCCCAU